ACCAAAAACCCAACAAAUAAAAAACUGAGUUAGCCCUUGUGAUCUAGUAAUUCCCUUGCUAGCUUUGAAGUUGAGCACAAAAAUAUCUUCAUAUUCAGCAAAAAUCAUCAUCAUGAGGAGCUUCUCAAAGAACAAGUUCCUCCUCUGUUUUCGUCCUGUGGUUGACAUAGAUUGCAUGAUAAAGUCCGAAGUUGCUCCUCAUCGUUCCUCUACUUGUCGUUUUCCACGCAUACCCUCUUCAGAGAACCACAACGUGAUGAAGAACUCAGAAACCAAAUCCGUAUAUUUUCCCCAUGUUUCACCAAAACGAAGGAUUUCUCGGGUGAUCAAAGCUGUGUUCUACGAAACCAUAUUGAAUAGAAGAGACCACCACAAAAAUCGUUACAUCCAUGAUUCUUUUGGUCCAAAGUAUUUGUCCUAUGGAGGAGAAACCAAAACCCUUCAAUCGCCUUUGUCAACUUCAUCUUCUUCACACGGUUUAGCUUCACCUUCUUUGAGCUCACACGCAUCAUCAUUUCAAUCAAAGAACGUGUCAAGUUACUACUCCACCAAGGAAAAAAGGAAAGAGGGUACUGGUCAUGGAGGGCCACUAGAGAAGCAAAAGAAGUUCGAGUGCUUAGGAAUAUACUUGAUUCUCAUAAGCUUAGCGUUUACGGUGUUUUGGGGGAAGCUUUUUGGUAUUAUUUUGACCUCAACAUUACUCUACUUUUUCGCUGUUUGGGACUCAAGUUCUCCAUGCCAAAAGAGGUUUCCUAGUUGUCCAAGACCCAGACAAAGUCUACAAGGCAAGGAUAAUAGAAAUUAUUUCACGGGUCGAAAUUAUCACAUGGCUAUGGUCCCGAUUAAUUUUCAUGUAACACGUAAUUGACAUUUACAAUUACUAGAAAAAGUUAAUAUAACUCAUCCAUUAUGUAUUAUGUGAAAAUUGAAAAAGACUAGGAUUAUUUAAUAUUACCUUCGAAUUUUUUUUAUAAGAAACAAAUUUUGUUAUAUUUUAUUAUAAAACUUGUUUUUAUAAAAAAGAAAAAUGGGAGGGAGAAGUUUUUUCAGAAGGUAGAGUUCAUUGGGAAGUAUGCUCCAAGGCAAUAGUAACUACCAUAAUGGGGCAUUAAUUUUUUACGUGAGAAUUGUCUUUUUCGUGCUUGGUGCUUCUCCAUUCUCUGCUGCUCUUUCUGUUGCUUCCUGAAUCAAAGCUUUCUUAGGCACAACACAAUGGACAGUGACAUGAUUACUCUUGCAGUUGUUUUGCUUGUGUAACAUUUUAGGGAAGGAUUGUGAGGUGGGAAAGACAGAAGAAACAGAUCCUCAUUUAUUUCGCUUUGUAAAAAGCUUUUGUUUGGCUUUCUGACAUGACAUUACGUAUCUAACAAAUGGAAGGUAGGAGUAGGAAUAGGAAUAGGAAUAGGAAUAGUAGUAUAGUAGUUAAUGAAAUUCGAUAGGGAGGGGUUGGUUGUUGUAUUGAAAGUUUAAUUUGUUACAGAUUUUUCAUUGGAAAUAAUAUAUACCAGUGUAUUGAUGAUCUGUGAAUAAAAA